UUAAACUAACGCGGUUGACAAUUUACAAGAAUAUAUACACGAUUUCGUUACAAGAAUGAUUCGGUGUUCGCGGCUACGGUGUUUCGGUCCGGUGGCGGUAUGACGGAUCGGUGGCGAAUUUUGAGGUUAGGAAUUCAUUCGGUACGGUGGAGUCGUGAGCGCACGGCUUCACAAAUCUUCGUCGAUUGUCUCGUUCCUCUCUUUAUCCCGUGUACGCACAGAGAUAAAGUGAGUCGUAAGAUGUCGGCGUAAGGCUGGCUUUGUUGGUUAGGAAUUUACCUUUGUUUCACCAGGACGUGAGCGCACGACCGGGCGAAUCGCCGGCGGAACUAUUGUUACUCCCUUAACCCUGUGGGCUCACAGUGGCAGAGGGUGUCAGCAAUGUGUCGGAAUGUAGGUUAGGAUUUUAUGGUGGCAGCGGGUAUCGCCCACGUGUGCUGACGUAGACGAGGCUCGAUGUCGCUCGGGUGUUCCGGAUUGCCUCAUGUGCUCACGAUGGCAAUUCGUAGUUUCGGGUUUCGGAGUUUCGGGUUUCGGUUGGUCUACUAAAUCGUCACGUGGGCUAACGAGACGAUUUCGUCGUCGUAGGUCUAUCUCUCGUUGUUCCUUGUAGUAACGUGUGCGCACGAUACUACCCGGAGUGGAGCUCGAGUAGAACUGCCUAUCGUGCCGCGCGAUCCGCCUUAUAAAGGCGCGCGGCGCAGAUGUGUAUAGGUGCGUUCACGGCGCACCGCCUGACGCGUCGUCGCUGAGUCGCUCGCCGGCUGCCGCGCUCCGUGCUCGUACGGACUCGCCCUGCGAAUGUUGCGCGCGUGCGCUCAUUCCGCGUCGAGCGGAUUCGCCUUUCGCUCGUUGCGAGCGCGCACACAUCUGCGAGACUCGUGUCUCGUCACAAUUUAUUUUUUUAAAUUUUUAGUUAUUUAACCUUUUACAUCCUUCUUUUAUUUCUCUCAAUUUUCAAUUUAAUUUUUCGUGUUUAAUUUUUUAAAUUUGUUUAAAAUUUGCUUUUAUUUUGUUCUUUUAAUUUGAUUUUUUAAUAAAAUAUAUUUUUGAAUAAAUUUAUUUUCAAUUAAUUUACAUUCAUAGUUUAUUUUAAAUCGUUUUUAGAAAGAGAACUCUGUUAGAGCACCUUAUUAGACAAAGUAGUAUAUGCAAUACAGACGCAUAAGUGUUACCCACACUUGUCCUUUUGUCAUAAAUUUUUUGUUUAAGGACAAUUGCAGGAAACAUUUAUACGCAUGUGUUUCAUAUAUGUUUGAAACAAAUUUAACUGAUGAGAGAAUCACCUAUUUUGUACAGUUAUUGCAUGUUAUACUAUUUUAAUAUGAAAUUAACAAAUUAAAAAACAGCAUAAUGAUUCCAAUUAUUAGCUAACGUUCUAUUUGAAAUUUGUAAAUAGUAAUAGUAAUUUUUUGUCAAAUUAGUAACAUAAAUUAGUAAAAUAAAAUAAAAUUUUAGAUUCGAAUACCUUCUUGUAGAUUUUCUAUAAGAAGUAAUACAAUCGAAAGAAAUUAUUAUAUACAUAAAUAAAAACAGUUUACGUAAUAGUAUAAAUGUAUAAGAACUAUUACAGAAGUGGAAGAACAUACAUCCUAUAAAUUAAACUUUCUUUUUUUAUUUUGCUCGGAAAACACGGCUUCUAGAAACGUCUGGGGAUUUUAAGUUGCUAAUUGAGAUUAUAACUUGUAGUAUCCUUGGUAGCAAAUGGCCGAUAAGUUCUGGCCCGUUCCCUAGCGACUCGGUAGAUUUGAAAUCCAGAAUCUUUCGAGAAAUAUGCAUGAUUUCUACCCUGAAACCGGAGUAGCAAAAGUUCCCUUUUUCUUUUGCGCAUGCGCGCACGGUCCAGGCCACACUGUAAAGAAUGAGAAGACUUGUAACUGUCUCGUAUGGCUUCUACCGCCGCGGCGUCGUGUACUAUAUAUGUAUACACAUAUCUACGAAAUCCAAAACGGAGUCAGAGUUUUAAUGUACUAUAACUUUUUCAAGUCCCAUGAUAGCUGUGUUCAAGAAACAGGUCUAAUAACGUAAACUAGCGCAUUAAAUUAUUUUCCGAAAAAUAACUGUUAAGUAUAGUGAAAGUGAAAAGCAAAGUACUCUAAGGUUCCUAACCUCUUAACCUUGUACAAUGAAUCAAGAACGUUGCAAGCAGUAUAAAGAAAAAUUGAAAAAACAAUCAGCGGCUAGAAAAAAGCAACUGUUAUUAGAGCAGUACAGUGAUUUUAAAGAGAAGAGGAGAAAAUUAAUUGAAAAAAAUAAAGAAGAAAGUCUUCAAGUCAACAAGCAGCUAGCAAGUCAACAUGCUAACAUUCUUAAUAAAUACAGCAGUAUUUUAUUUGCAGAAAAGAAGUGUCUAAUUAAACCUUCUGACGAAUGUUCUACUACGAAUGUUGUGAAAUUCCGGUGUAGGAAUGUGAGUGAGUCUGUGGUGGACAAUGACAAUUCAAAAUUGGAACAGUGGUUUGCUGAAUACAAAAACAAUAACAAUCAGUUGGUUGACGAAGUCAGAGUGUGGAUUGUUGACAACAAUGUACCUCAAGAGAAAGCCAAUAAAUUACUGCAAAUUUUGAACAAGAGGAUUAACAUAAAUAUGCCAAAAACUACAAAAACUCUUUUGCAAAGUAAUACUGAGUUUGACAUUAAGCCAAUGAAAGUCAGUGAGGACAGCAUGGGAGAAUUUUAUUAUUUUGGCAUUGAACAAAAAUUGAAGAACACAGUUAACGUUGAUUUACAUGACUCUGGUAUACUGGAACUAAUAGUACACAUUGACGGCAUUUCACCUUUUAAGUCCUCUACAGUCACUGUUUGGCCAAUUCUUUGUAAAGUAUAUUCUAAGGGAGACGAUUACGAGCCUUUCACAGUAUCAGUAUUUGCUGGUGAUGGCAAACCAGAAAGUGCUGAAGAAUAUUUGUGUGACUUUGUAAAAGAAAUAAACAAGUUACAGAAAAAUGGUAUCUUUAUUUGUGAUUCGCCAGCAAGAAGCUUUGUGAAGUGCAUCGUUGGUCAUUGUGCGUUUGCAGCUUGUGAAAGAUGCAAAGUGAGGGGUAAAAAAGUGGAUAAAGUAACUGUAUUUUUAGAUACGAAUGCUGAAAAAAUAACUGGUGUUGGAUUUAGAUCUUUUGAAGAUCCAGAGUGUCACACAAGUCCGUCUUUUCUGAUGCAGAUACAGCCUCCUAUCAAUAUAGUGCAGCAAUUUAUUUUGGACCCUAUGCACUUAUUAUACUUAGGGUGCACGAAAAUACUUUUAGAAUAUCUUUUGCAAUUAGAUACACGUCACACAGUCAGGUUAAGUGCAAAUUUAAAAGUGAAUUGUCAUGAAGAACAAAAUCUAUAAACCGUGAUAUUCCUGCAGAAUUUCCAAUAAAGAUGAGGUGUACAAGUGAUUAUGCAAAGUACAAAGCUGUUGAGUUCAAAUUUUUCGCUUUGUAUGCGGCUCCUGUCGUGCUCAAGAAGUUAGUGUCCGAUGAAAUGUAUCAUUCAUUCAUGCUUUUUACCACUGCAUGUCGAUUGAUGUCAUACAGUGAUCCACUACCUCAUUUACAUAUGGCUAGAAGACAUUUAAAGCAAUUUGUAGACACGGCAUCUCCGAUAUAUGGAUUCUCAUUCCUAUCACUGAAUGUGCACAAUUUAAUACAUUUAUGAGAUGAUGUGGAAACGACAGGCUGCAAUUUCAACGAGUUGAGUGUGUUUUGCUUCGAAUCCUACCUAGGAUCAAUAAGCAGUAUGCUUAGAUCACCAACGCAUAUAGUAACCCAAUACUGUCGACGAGUCCUGGAGAGAGAAAAAUUUUCAACCGUUCUUUCAAAAGCUUCUUCAGAGACAAAAGUGCUUAUUCAAAAGAAAAAGAAAAUCAUUAAAUUAAAAUUUAAUGGGAUGAUUUUAUCUGCAACUCAUCCAAACAAUACUGUACUUUUGAAAGACUGGAGCGUGGCAGUCAUUUCUCAAUUUAUUUCUGACUCAACUGGAAUUCUAGUGCAAGUUAAAAAGUAUCGGAGAAAAAGUGCAUUGUUUAAAUCACUAUGUGAUUCCGAAUUUUUGAAUAUUUGGGAAGUAGGUAAUCUAUUUAAUACAAUCAUAAUAGUACACCUGGAAAAAAUGCUUCAAAAAUUUGUAAAUUUUCAAAUCAAUUACUCUACGGAAGAGGCAACCAGAAAUGUGGUUGUUCCGUUACUCCAUUAACCAACAAACUUUUUAUAAGGUAUUUUACUUAAUAUUUUACUACAGUUUUGUUCUAACUUAUCUCUUAAAAUUCAAAUUUGAUAUGUUGGAUUAUGUACACUCGCCAUGGAUUCAUUCUAUCCCGAGUGACUGUCAUGUGACGGUAUCGCAACUGUCAUCGCCAUUGUAGCUGAUGCAAACGAUCGUUGCACGUGACAGUCAGUCGGAAGAGAAUUUCGUGUUGUGUUUACAUACAUAGUCUCACGUAACCUUACGUAACUUACUAUAAAAUAACAUUUCAAUAGUAGUGCUUGAGGCCCAUCUAAUAAAUAAAUGUGAACUUGAAAUAUUUUUGCACUUACAAAACUCAUUUCAGUAUUACUAAAGUCAUUGUUAAAAACAUUCAAGUAUCUGUGUUUUUAUUGGUGUUGUAAGCAAGGUAAAACAUGCAAUUUGUUCAUUGAUGUUUUAUUUUUCAGAAAAUUAAAUAAUUACAUUUAAAUAAAAAGAAACUUACAAAACCAAAAUGAAAAUUUCUGUAAAAACUAACCUAUUUACUAUGUGAUCGUUUUUUGAUCUAUAAAAAUAUAAGCUUAAUAACUAUAUUGUUCCUUAUAUAGGAUGAGUAGCAGUGAAAGUGAUGAUUCCGAUGUUGAACUGUAUGAUUUUUCCUUCAUACAAUUUAUCUAUAAAGGGCGAAAAAGGAAGAUAGAGCAAUAUGAUGUCGUUCCAAGCAAGUGGUUGGAGUAUGAUAGGAAGCGUGGCCUGAUCCACCGGUUACCUUGACUAAACUUAACGUAGCAAUCAUAGGACGUGCAAAAACUUACGAGGAGGCUUUGGAGAAAAUUGAAGUUCUCAAAUAUAAAGAACAUUGUUUGUCGCUGGAAUCUGAGGACAACUUUUCUGAGUACCAAGAUAGAUUGGUAGCAUCUGUUAGACGACAACAGCUAAUACGCCAAAUUUUAACUAUGCAGAAUACAUUCAAGUCAAAAUCAGAUGCUCCAAGUUUAAAGAACCCUAAUUCAGAAGCUAGCGGAGAUGAGGAGAAAGAUGAGGAACCAAAAGAUAACCAAUCACCAAAAAGCAAAUCAAAAGAGGACAAACAGAAUCAUGUAACUAAAAAAAAGAAGAAAUCAAAAAGUAAAAAGGAGGUAUCUCCAGCGAAUUCGCCACCAGUAAUAUCUGGUAGUUCUUACACAGCUAAGGCAUCUGAAUCAAUGGGAGAAGAAAAACAAAGAGGAACAGUCAUUUUUGUAUGAUUACAGCUUUCGAAAGUGCAAUGAUGGCUCAAAUUAAUCUUCUUGUCCAAGAAGUCAGUGAAAUAAAAAAAAAACCAAGAAUCUACACGAGCUUUUCUAAUGGAUAAAUGUAUUACUAAUAUGUUAAAUACUGAAAUUGAGUUAUGUACAAAGUACAAUAUUGAUCUACCUUUAAAAACUGUGGAAGAGUUUGAUCAGUUUAAUGACUUAUUAAAAAAUGACCUAUGCUUCAAACAUGAUUGUUAUGAAAUGACUCGACUUAUGGACAAAAAUUACAGCAUAAGCAAGUCAUUUGUGAAUAUAAUGAAAAAUUCAUGUCAAAAGAGCUUGAUUCUAAAAUUACAGUUGUUAAACACAAGGAAAAAAUUAAACUUCGAGGCUGUGAAUUUUCUUCUUGUAUGGAUGUUAUAGUAUCAGGGGUACGAGCAGAGCAGAACCAGAACACGGAAGAAAAAGACCUGAUUUCAGUCCUAAGGGAUGUCAUAUGCAACGUGAAAAAAUGGCCUUAGCCAUUAUAUAUUAUUAUAUAUUUAUCAUCACUUUCCAUGUUUCCAUCCAUCCUUUAAUUUAUUAUGUAAAAAUAAUGUUCUUUCUCAACAUUUUGUAUGUUUCAUAAUCAAUACAAAAAGUUGAACAUAUCUCAAA